UGCAGAGAGCGAGAGAGAUUCAUUUCCGAGAGAGGGUACAAAAUAUGCUCUCUCUUGUGGCGGCUGCUGUUGCUCUCUCCUUUUCAUCCCCUGCUGUUUGCCAUGGGAAGAUACACAGAUACACAGUCAUCAUCGGUCCUCCCGAUCAUGGGAUGAGAUGAUGAGGACGAUGCUGCCACCACCACCACCACCACCGAACCCAAACCCAAAUGCAACACAAAACAACCAACCCAAAAAGAGAUGCUCGCCGUGGACUCCCUGCCAUUUACACGAAAAUUCCCAUUUGUCCGGAACCAGAGACGAGACCAGACCCCUGACACAGCCCAGACCAUACCCAUCAUCACCUCUAGUCAAUUCAGUUCGUUGCAGAGCUCGCUCGCAAUCGGAAUCACAGUCUCAGUCCCAGUCACAGUCCCAGUCUCUGUCCGCGUCGUCGCUGUCGCAGUUGCUGUCGCAGUUGCCGUCGCAGUCGUUGCCGUUGCCGUCGCAGUCAACGUUUGAGUUUCCAUCCGUGCGAGUAGGUUUUUUUCGCGCUAUCCGUUGCGUAUCCGUUCGUGGUAAUCAGUAUUGCGGAGACAACCGGCAGAUAAAGACGACACCCAAACCAAACCAUAAUCCCCAAGAAAACCGAAAGGAAAACCUCAAUAUAAACUCGAGUUUAUUGCGGAAAGAAAACCCCAUCGGCGUCUCCGGUGUGUGGGCCAUGUCGCGACGUGUGUUAUGAAAAAGUAUUGCUGAUAUUGUGAUAAUUACUAAGUGAAAUCCACGAGUAUAAACGGAAUCAUGCUGUUCGAUCGAUAUGUCAUAUCAGGCUCUAACGGCGACGACUACGAUCCGAGUGUUGUGCGCCACCUCCACCACCAUCAUCACCAUCACCUGGAUCUCAGCACGCGGGCGCCGCCCUUCGGUCCCCUGCCGGAUCACACGCAGCUUUCCGGCGAGGAUUCCCCCUCGUUUGCCACCCGCCACCACCUGCCGCCACAGACGCCCGGCUCCACCUCGCCGCCCCUAGAGUCGCAGCCACAUCUGCAGCACCAGCCACAAGAUCAGCAGCAUCUGCAGCACCACCAGCACCAGCAACAGCAACAGCACCAGCACCAGCUUCAACAGCAGCCACCGCCGCCCACGUUGCCGCUGGCCGGCUCCUCGGCCGCCUCCAGCAUGGAGCACUUCUUCAACGACCAGGCCCAGGCGGAGCAGCUCCUCCAGGAGUGGGCCCGCCGGCGCGAACCUGUCUGUGAUCUGGAUAUCCGUGAUAGUGGCGUCUACGCCAAGACGCAUCUGCAGCGUGGCACCCGCUACGGGCCCUUCCCCGUGAAGCUCUGCCACCAGCCCAACGAUCCUCAGCUGGCAUGGAAGGCCCAUGCUGGACCCAACUUUAAUGGCUGGCUCGAGCCCACAUCGGACGUGUCGACGUGGCUGAAGAAAAUCCGAUCCGUGAAGGACAUCGAGUGCAUCGAAGAGGCUAAUUUACACAAUUACAUAAUGGGCGGCUGUUUGUGGUACGAAACGAAUCGGUAUAUCAAUGCAGGCAGUGAAAUGGUCGUCGAUGGCCGUCCCAAGACUCCGUACCAGAUCAAUGACAACUUUAUGACCGGCGGCGGGGUCCUGGCGGCAGCAGCAGCCGCCGCAGCAGCCGCAGCAGCGGCAGCAGUCGCCUCGGGAGCCACCAGUGGCGGGGGGAGUUCAUUACCCAGCGACGAUCGAAGCGAUCGAGAUAAUGGCUCCCUCUACAGCGGCGACGAAUUCUCCAAAGACAAGAAAAACUCAUCGCUAAUCAGUCAAGGCGAUAUUGAUUUCACAGACGACGAGAACGGUUUCGACAUACGCUGUGAGGUCUGUGAUAAAGUCUUUCCGGAUUUAGAACGGUUGGACGAUCAUCUAGUGGGCGCCCAUCACUUCAAGCAGGACGAAUUCCCAUGCAAACUCUGUGCCCAGCGCUUCAGCCAUCGUCCUUUGUUGAUCAAACACGAGGCGAUAUCCCACAAUAAUAUACGGAAAUAUUCCUGCGAGAAUUGUAGCAAGGUAUUUUGUGACCCAUCGAAUCUACAGCGCCAUAUUCGCGCCUACCACGUCGGCGCUCGCUGUCAUCCGUGUCCGGAGUGCGGAAAGACAUUUGGGACCUCGUCGGGGCUCAAGCAGCACCAGCACAUCCACUCCUCGGUGAAGCCGUUCGCCUGCGAGGUGUGCUUCAAGGCGUACACGCAGUUCUCGAAUCUGUGCCGACACAAGCGGAUGCACGCCACCUGCCGCAUGCAGAUCAAGUGCACGAAGUGCAACCAGAGCUUCAGUACCGUCACCUCGCUCUCGAAGCACAAGAAGUUCUGCGACUCCACGGGCUCGUACCGCAACCAGCCGUUGGGGCGCCACCAGCAUCCGUUGUCCGCCACCUCGACAUCCAGUCAGCCCCAGCAAGGGAGCGACUCUCAGGGAGAAUCAUCAUCUGCUGCUGCUGCGGCCGCUGCUGCCGCUGCCGCCAUGACGACGCCACCAAAUCCCUUCCUCAUGUUCCGCCCAGGACCUCCGUUCUUCCCUGGAUUUCCGCCGUAUGGUCUCCCAGGGAUCUUCCCGUCGAGUCCCCUGAGGGCCGCCAACUUUCCGCUCUUCUUUCCGAAGCCACCGAUGGACAUGGGCUGCGGCAUGCCGCCCAUGACCUCGCCCAAUGCCGCCUUCCGCCAUCAUCCCUUCGCCCUGGAUCUGGAGAGACAGCAGGGCGGACGGUCGCCCCAUCAGGAGCAUCAUCAGGCGAAGGCGGAGCGAGGCUCCACGCCCGACGAGAAGAAGCUCAAGUCGGAGCCACUCCUGCAGGUCUCCGAAGAGGACGACGACGAGGAGGAUCUCCAGUCCAGGGAAAUGAAAAUGGAGCACGAAGAAUCCAAAAAGGAUCUCAAGUCUGAGGAGCGGAAGGAGCCGAAGAGGGAGAACUCGCCCGAUCAGCAGCAGGCUGAAGAUGAUAGGAAAUCUAUCGACAUCAUUAGCACGCCACCGCCCACGGACUCGACGUCGGAGAAACCCACCUCGGAGCUGCCUCUCGAUCUGUCCAUUUGCCGCAAGCGUUUCCCCUCCUACCGCAGUCGCACGCCGUCGCCGACGCCUUCGCCGCUCAUGUUUCUGCCCGACGAGGACGUGGAUGCAGAGCCUCCGAUGAAGCAGAGCCGCAAGAGCCACAGCUCGGGGGAGUCCUCCACGUCGCGGCAGUCCUACAAGGGCAGCAGUCCCACGCCCAGUGCCUCGCCAGGACCCACACCAUCGCCAUCGCCGCCCACAAGUGCCGGGGGGGAGAUGAGCAGCAUGUCGGAGGGAGCUGUGGCAGCGGCCCAGGCUGCAGCAGCGGCCGCUGGAGCGGCUGAGGCUGCCACGGCGGCGGCCAUGGCCUGUCCGCGGCCACUGCACCCGCUGCUGCUGGAGGAGAUCUAUCGAUCGCGCGCCCUGGCCGGACUCUCCCAGCGCACGUUUCCUUUUUUAUGCCCAACGGGCGGACGGCCAAAUAUUGAGGCGAUGCUGACAGCAGGAGCAGCCAACGGCAAGGGCUGCUCGACACCCUCGACCAGGCCGCUUCCGCCCGUGAAUUUCCGCGAGGCGUUGCGCUACGCCACCGCCAGUGCCCGCUCACCGAGCGCCCUCAAGACCAAGGACCGCUACACCUGCAAGUUCUGCGGCAAGGUGUUCCCCCGAUCCGCGAACCUCACGCGUCACCUGCGCACCCACACGGGCGAGCAGCCGUACUCCUGCAAGUACUGCGACCGGGCCUUCAGCAUCUCCUCGAACCUGCAGCGCCACGUCCGGAACAUCCACAACAAGGAGCGGCCCUUCCGCUGCGAGCUGUGCGAUCGGUGCUUUGGCCAGCAAACGAAUCUCGAUCGUCAUGUGAAGAAGCACGAGGCGGACGCCAACGGCACUGGCGGGGGCUUUGGCGACUUCAGGGACUCCCCCAGUUCCGCGGAGGCCGAGCGCGAUGAGUACUUCGACGAGAUCCGCACCUUCAUGAAUCGCGUGUACACGCCCAACAGCUUGGGCGGGGCCGAUGGCGACACGGAGGAGUAUGCGGGCAGCGAUGAUCAGUUGUCCGUGUCCACCCGUCAGUCCGUCAAUCUCGACAAGGAUACCAGCAACAAUAAUACCAGCAACAGCAACAACAACAAUAACAACAACAGCAACAGCACGAAUGGAGGAAAGGCCAUUACAGUGAGCACUUGAAGAAGUGACCCAAGAAGGAGUACGGGAGAGUAGUCCAAGUGUUGAAUUGUUAGGCUAGGUCAUUGAAAACUUACUUUAACUUUUACUUAAGCGUGCCUCCGAGAGGGAAUCUAAUGUUUAAGUAGUCUCUAUUUCCACGAAAAACUUAACCAUGUAAAAUUGUUCGAAAAAAAACACUAUUCGUUAGCUAUGCAAUCAAUGGAAAAAGACGGUGAAGCAUGCAGUAUAUAUACAGCUCUGAUAUUACGGAUUACGGAUUACGGAUUACGGAUUAAAGGGAAAGCCACAUGUUUCAGUAAACCAUAUACCAUAUACAUUUAAACUAUAUAUACGAUCUAUAGACACACCCACUCUACUACUAAAACCACCUUAAAUUGUAGCUAAUUGCCCUUUGUACAUAAAUAUAAUGAAGAUCCUAACUUUAAC